AGCAGGUCUCCCAAGCCCUAGCAACAUGGCUGCAGCUGCGGCGCCCAAGUCGCACCGCAGCAUUGCAUGCCCGCGCCUGCCCUCUUUCGCGAGCAGCCCCGGUGGGUCACGCGGCGCGAGCCCUGGCGCUGGAUCAGCAGCCUUGCAGCGGGCGCAAAGCAGCCAUUGCACCACGCUUGGUGGCGUUGCUGCGGCGCAACCAGCUGACGCUGCCAACCCGGCGCUCUCGCUUGCGUCGAGGGCGCCCUCACGCAUGCCUCCCGCCGCGCCGCUACAGGCGGUGUCAGCCGGCGGUGCCGCGAAGGCAGCGGAUGCAGGCGCUGCGCCCGUGAAGGGGCCUGGCGCGCCUUUGGGGCCGGUUGCCCAACCACCGCGGCCACGCACGGCGGCAGCGCCAUCUGGGUCGGCUCGCGGCCUGCUGCCGCCGCUGCCUGGUGGCGUUACGCCGCAGACCCAAAUGCCAUAUGGACACGGCGGCCCUAGGCCACUACAGCCGACCCAGAUGGGGAAACCACCGCCGCCCUCCACGGCCGGACGCUCACCCGCAGUAGCAGCCCAGCCGCCGCCACAGCAGCCGGUGCAGUCAUCGUCGCAGCCACCACCUGCAGGCGCGCCGGCGGCGCCACGCCACCGCACGCUGCUCAACUACGCACUGACCGUGUUCCCCUCACGCCUGGCGCCACUGGCGCCACUGGGUGCGCGGCUCAGGAGCGGCUCCGGGGCCGCUUGCGAUGUAGGUCAGACAUCCGCAGCGGCAUCUGGUGAUGCGAUUGACAGCGGCGGUGGCGCACCGGCCGUGCUGCUGUCGGCAGAGUCGCUGCAGCAACUUCAGUCCGUGGCAGCAGCCGUACAGGACGCGCUUGUGAAGGUUGGGGCUUGCGGAGGGGCAGCGCUGACAGCAGCGGACCGGGAGGACGUAUGGCGGCUAAGCGCCGCGUGCUGGGAAGCCGCAGUAGCCGCAACGGUCGCCACUCCUCCGGGUGACACGCCGCUGGUGCGCGCGGACGAGCAGUCACAGCUGCUUCACGGCCUCGGCAGCGCCAUCCAUGAAGUUGCCUCCGAGCCGGUGGCGGGUCUAGGCGCGGCGGUGGGAGGAGGCUGCAGCGGCGCCCAGCUGCUUCAGCGCGUGCGCUUCUUCCACCAGAUGGGCCGCGCUUGGCUGGCUCUGGGCCGCUGCGCUCCCGCAGGCUGGUUCCUGGUGCGGGCGCGAGAGGGGCUAGGGCAGCUGCAGGCGCAGGCGGCGGAGGAGACGGCAUCGGGGCAGCGGCCGCGUCCAAAGCGAGCGCGCCUCGCCGCGCCUGCUGGCGCUGCGUCUCUGUCACAGGACAGCAAUGCCGGUGCUGACGUCGGCGCGGACGCUGAGGGCGUGGGCGAGGUCAGCGGCACCGCCGCGGAGGAGGGCGGUUGGAGCGGCGUUGGCGGGAGCGAGGCAGGCAGCGGGCAGCCGCCGUGGCUGGGCCUGGGGCUGGGCUGUGAGGAGUAUCUACAGGUGGAGGUGGACGUGCUGGUGGAGAGCCUGCGGCUGGCGCUGGCGGAGGGACAGCAGGCGCUGAGCGCCAACCUGCGCAGCCAGCUGCGGCGGCUCGCCACCAGCCCGCACACGCCGCCGGGACUGGGCGUGGCCACCACGCUCACGUGCGUGGCCAUCCUCACGGACGCCGCCGCCAUCCGGCUCGGCGCCGGCGUGGCCGAUGGGGCCGAGAUUGAGGCGGCGGUGCUGCCGGCGUCAGCAGGCGGCAGCAGCAGCCGGCAGCAGCACUCGGCCCAGCAGCAGCAUGCACACGGCGACGCGAUGGCGCUGCUGGCUGAAGCCUUGGAUGUGGUGGAGGCGGCAGCGGAGGCUGAGGGGCGGAGGCGCGCGGCUGGCGGCAACGACGGCGCGGCGACGGAGCGGUUGGCAGCGCUGGUGGAGACGCGGCAGCAGGUGCUGCGCUUCCUUAUCAGCACCUGCCUGCGCACUGGCAGCUACCAGGCAGCGCUGUCGUACGUGCGCGCCUUUGCCGAGAUCGCAGUGCCAAACGCAGCUGAAGGCGGCUCAAGCGGCAAUGGUGGAACGGGGUCGGGUGCAGCGGAGGCGGAGGCCGGACUGCCCCUGGACGUGCUGCUGCUGAGCGUGCAGGCACACGUGAAGCUAGGGCGGGUGGUGGAGGCGGCGGCGCUGGUGGCGGCCCGGGUGCAGCCACACCCGGCGUGCACGCCUGCCGCCAUGAAGGCCGCCUUUUCCCGGCUUCUCGACAGCGCCCACCUUGCCCAGCUUUCCAUCAGCAUGCCGCACCUCACCUCCUGCCUGCUAGCAUGCCUGGAGCGCUGCCGCGACGGGCAGGAUGCCACGGGCGCGCUCGGUGGGGGGCCUCGCGCUGCAUCUCCGCCAGGAGGCGGCGCGUGGGACGCGGCGGCCGGGGCGGAGCUAGUAGUGCAGGUGUCAUCGGCCCUGUUUGCUCACGAGGGCAGCACCGCGGAGCAGAUGCUGCUGUCGCUGCUGGCCGUUGAUGAAGUGGUGGCGGCCGUGUGCAACACCAGCAUCAGUAGCCAGAGCGGUGCUGGGGCUUCCGGCGGCGCGGGGCCACGCGGCAGCCCGCGAGUGCGUGUGUAUGGGAUGCUGUACGCGCGUGCUGCGGCGGCCUUCCAACAGGCUGAGCACGCCGGCGCCGCGCGCCUGUUCGCCGCGGCGCUGCUGUACGCCUCCGGCGGCGGCGGCGCGCCCUACUGCCGCACCGCGCGCAUGCUGAGCGCCUGCUACGCCGCGCUGGGUCAGCCAGGCCGCGCGCUCGGGUACCUGGACCUGGCGGAGGCGGUGGAACCGCAUACGGCGGCGCACGUGCUGCUGCGGUUGCGGCUGGUGCUGGCGCUGAAGCUUCAGGCGCAGGCGGGUGGUGGCGGGCGUGAGGAGCAGCUGGGCGAGGGAACGCAGCGUGAAAGCCAGGGAUUGUCGGGGUGGGGCAGGGAUGCGGCGGCAGAGGAGGAUGCGGAGCGUGCAGCGGGUGCGCAGGGCCGUGGAGCCGGGGCCGGAACCGCCGUUGACGGCGAGGCCGUGCAGCUGGUGCAGCAGCUGCCGCGGUGCUGUGACUUCGAGCUAUCCCACCUGGCGGUCGCAUACGACAUUGCCAUGCGCGCCCAGCGUUUCGGGGUGGCAGUCGCCGCUACUGAGCUGGCGGUGCGGCAUCUGGGCCCGCCGCCGCUGCACGCCGCCGCAUCCGCAGCAGCAGCAGCAGCCGCUGGCAACGCCCUGCAUGCAGCCGUUGCACUCACGCGCGACUGCAUCGCAGGCCGCCUGGCUGCUGCAGCACAAACCGUUCCACGCAGCGCGAACGGCGGGCGCCGUGCCGCUGCCGCGGGCGCCGCUGGAGAUGGGCCGGCUCUGCCGCAAGCUACCGGGGCAGCGGUGUUGCGCGACUUGCGCUGGCUCUGCUGCCGACUGUCUGACGUGGUUGCCGCCCCACUGGCUGCACAGGCGCAGGCUUCCCUAUCGUGGCUGCGAGACGUCGCUGUGCGGCUGAGCUACGACGCCCUUCUAAGCGGCGAUGGCGCUGCACGGCAGCUCGUGGCGGUCGGCAACGAAUUGACUGAGCAGUUCGACAGAGCUGUUCACAGCAGUACGCACACGGCUGUAUCGCUGCCACCAGCGUAUCGGGGGCGGCCGCCGGCCGAAACGGAGUGGCGUAUGGCCGCGGCGGCGAUGCGAGUGGCGCAGCAGCUGGACUCCGCGCUGCUGCUACAGAGCGCCGCGGCAGCGGACAUCUCAACGCGGGGCCCUGCUGGUCGGGAAGAGUUGGGCCAACAGCAGGCUGCGUCUGAUGCUGCGCAAAGACAACUGCAGCCGGUCGUGGUCGCGGUGGCGGCGGGCAUGCUGGAGUCCUACGCAACACGUGCUCUGGCGGCUACUGCGGCUCCCUUGGGCCCGCCUGCAGCUGGCGCGGCGCUGGCCAUGGCGCCGCCGCCCGACACGGCACUGGUGGUUGAAGCCCAGCAGCUGCUAGAGGGCUGCCGGUGCGCCGGCGGCAUGCGCUCCAAGGAUCUUGGGCCCAGCGCAGCUGCAACAGGAGCCGGCGGCAGCGGCUGCGGUGGGGGCGGAGGAGGCGCGGCCAUGCGCGCGGCGGUGCUGCAGCUGCGCUUCGUGGCCGCGACGUUCGCGCAGGACGAGGCGGAGCAGCGGACUCUGUUGCAGGCGCUCGUGGAUGAGCCGGCGGUGUGCGGCCGGCGGCUGGAAGCGUUGGCCUCGCUGUGCUUGGCGCCGGACGUGCCCUGGCACUGUAGCCGACCCGGAUGCGCCUUGCUAAGCUUUUGCAUUCGGAAGGAGCUGCCCGCGCCGCCGACGCCGGCACCCGGUGGCGAUGCGAGCCAGUCGCUCGGUGGUUCUGACGGGCACACCGCGGUGGAUGUGGAGCUGGUGGCCAGGGCGAUCAGGCGGCUAUACAUUGAGGGCUCCCCCAACCUGCGGCUCAUCGUGUGCAAGCGCGCCGUCGAGGUUGCCACGCAACUGCAUGCUCACGGCGGCGCGCAGCCGGCAGCAGCACCCGGGACAGCGCUAGGACCAGCUGCGGCGGCAUCCGCGGCAGGCGCCGCCUGUUACCGCUACCCGCUAACACAGCUGCACUUCUUGUGGACCGCGUGCCUCAACACCGCGAUUGCGGAGGCGCUGCGGAACCGGCUGCAGGAGGUUUCGGCAAUGACGGCAGCGGGUUGUGCCGGCAGCGGAGGCGCAAGCGGGGAGCUGCUGCUUGAACUAGCCAGCGGCCUGAGGCAGCUGGAGGACGAUGGAGCUGAGAAUGCCAGUGCCUACCUUUGCAGUGGGCACGCGCAUGACAGCGGCGAUGAGGCGGCUGAAGCCAGCGCCCUUCAGACGGUGUUCUCGGAGAUCCUCCUCAGCGUAGCUGGGCGCGACUGUCGCGGCAGGCACAGGGCUGCUACUGCCGCGGCAGCCGCGGUAGUCGCAUCGCCGCCAUCUGCCUCAUGCAGGGCUACUCGCCGCCAGGCGCAGAGUCCGCUUCCGGCUCCGUUGCUGCCGCCGCUUGCUCAAGCAGCACUCCGGCAGCCCAAGCCAGCAGAACAGUCCUGCGUGCAGCAGCACCCUCUUCCACAGCUUUCUAUUGAGGAGCACGGUGCCGCUGCGGCGCCUGCCAGCGCGCAAGCUGCUGCCCCGGAGCAUCCCAUUGACCCACCCAUGCCUUCCUGCCAGCGUCAUGAUCAGGACCAGCGGUCUGCUGCUGAGCCGCUGUCGCAACCCAUGUCCCGGACCUCGGGACCGGGGCAGGAGCUUUGUGGAGUAGCUGCCAGCGCUUCCGUGCAGUCACGCGGAGCGCAGCACGAGCACGAGGAGAUGGCAGGGCAGGAGCAGGAGGAGGCGGAGCAGAAGCAGCAGACUACUCAGCCACCGAUGGCGCUGGAAGAUCCGCCACCGCGCCUGCAGCAGCCUCGCGGCAGCGACCCAGGUGAUGCUUCGGCUGUAGCAGAGCGGGAUGUACAAAAUGCCGAAGCGCGGCCGCCGCGCGAGCGCUCCUGCACAGCCGCAGAUGCUGAGCCCACAGUAGCAGCUGUCUCGUCCAGGGCGUGUGUGCCAGCCUCACCGUGCUCCGAGGGCACGGGCGCUGCACCUGCUGUUGCUAUGUCUGAUGCUGCUGCGCAAAUCAAAAGCAGCACAGCGGCAAUAGCAAGUGCUGCAGCGGCUGCAGCAGCCUCACCGGGCAAAGCAGCUUCACCUACAGCUUCUGGCGCUGCAAGGCAGCAUCACGCCUCUGGCGGACCAAGCAUGGCUCAUGCGGGGCCGGCGUGCAUCCUCGGUCUCGGACCAGGCACGCUCCGUGAUAGCGAUGCUGGCGAGGCACGGCCGGGUGUGACAGGCACAGCAACUGUGGUCAGAAGCCAGCCGGGCAGCUCCCCACGAGUACCACUUUUCGGGGAGCAGCCGCAGGCUACGGCGCAAGAGCAUCACGCCCAGCUGGACGAGGCGGUAGUCUUGGGACCCGCCGCUGCAGCUGUGGCUGGCAGUAGCUCACCACAACUUGAGCGCCCGCCUUCGCAACCUGCUGGGGCCGCCAGGCAGUCAAGGGUCACCAGUCCGCCAGCCCGGCUCGGGCCUGACUGCGCGAGCCUGCGGGGCAGCAGUCAGGCCCGCCCGCCCGCAGUGCUUGGCGCCGGUCCGACUCCCGAUCAGGGUGCUGCCGUGCAGCGGGCGCGGUCAGCGGAAUGCUCGCAGGCUUCGGAGCUGUCCGAAUGCUACGGCGGUCAGCCCGACCCCGCUCUCGCCAGCCAGCUGCCGCCGCCUGUAAUUAGGCGAGUGUUGGGCAGCAGCGGCGGCGGCGGCGAGCACGGCGUGUGUGGUGAUGGCGGCGAGGGCACGAGUCGGGGCGGCGCGGCUGGGUGGCAUGGUCAAGUCUUGCCGAUGCUACCGGAGGGCUGGCGGGACGCCACGCAGGCGGGCGGUGACGCUGACACGCAUCGGGCGGCUGUAGUCCCAGCUCAGCAGGUGGACGAGACGGACUCCGCUAACCUUGCCACUGCGCCAGCAGAAGGAACAGCUGCUGAUGGUGGCGGCCCCGCUUCACAAAUGGAGCGCACCGCGCAGCUCCACACACCACAGGCUGCACCCGGGCCGUCGCCGCCGCCGCAGGCAUCCUGCAGAACUCCGGCGACCAACCCGGCGGCGGCGAGCGCUGACAGCACGAGACUGGUGCAGGCGGACCCGGGGAUUCAGGCACACUCAGGUGAUGGGACCGUGGCUGACGAGGAUGACCUCUCGCCACUGCCGGAACAAGCAGACCCGCUUGACCGCUCACCAGGGGUGCAGGGGCCGCCGCCCAGCUGCUCGCCAGCCCCCGACGUGCCGCUGCCGCUGCCGCGGCCUCCGCCACCGCUGCUGCUGCACCCACCAGCGGUGCCGGCGGCGGUGCCGCUGCUGCCACCUGACGGCCCGCAGCAAGAGCGGGAGCAUCUGCAAGGCUUGGCGGAGGAUACGGGCAUGGGAGAGCAAGGACGCAACGCGGCGCCGGCGGGUGAGCAGAAAGCCCAGGUGCAGCCGGCCAAACCGGCAGCUGCGGACAGCGCAGUCGUUACCGCAGAUUCGGAGGCUGGCACUACCACAGGGGCAGCUGACGCGACCAGUAGCGCUCUGCCAGUCGCGGGUCGGAUCCAGGUGGCGCCAGACGCUGCCGGUGUGGCCGCGCCUGCCGCCACCGCGUCCGUCACUGGUGCCGCCGCCUCAGGUGGCGCAACUGCAACCACACCUCCCCAGCCCCUUGCAGCCACAGCGGCAACUACUACCGCCUGUUCCAUGCCAGCCGGCGCCAUUGAUCUGCAUCUUGCAGCAGUGGCCCGUGACGCGCUCAAGCCGGCCGCAGCAAGGCCGCAGCUCUCUGACUCCGACAUCGACCUUGAGGAGCUUGACGCCAUGGGCACCAUGGGGGCGGACGGGCGCGAGGCGACCGCUGCUACUGUGGGCCCAGGAGCUGGAUCAAGCGCUAUGCCCACGAAGGUCAUAGGCACGGAGCAUGUGCCAGCGCCGCUAGAGCCCAGUGCGUUGUCACAGCACGCGGUCGCCGUCACCGGCGGCGGUGCCAUGCGCAUGGAGGGCCCUGCGGAACAGGAGGAGCGAGCAGCGAAGCGCGCAAGGGUGGAUACGAAAGCGCCCUUUACCGCAGCGGCGCUGACGGCAGGUAAAGGUGGCGCUGUAGCAUGCCAGUCUGAGCUGCUGAUGGAAAGUGUGGCAGAGGCUCAGGCGGAGGCAGAGGUGGAGGCGGAGGCAGGGGGAGCUGGCGGCGGGAGCGGCGUGCUGGCCCUGGCAGUGGGUAGCGAGUACGCGGAUGAGGCCGACGCUCUGAUGCUAGAGGAGGACUGGUAGAGGUAUUAAGAUGUGAUGGAUUACGUGUUAACAUACAUGCAUCUGAGUGAGCGGUAGCGAAGAAGCGUAAGCCCGGCACGGCGACCUAGGGGCAAUGGGGCUCGCAGAAGUGUAUUAACUGCUGGCGCUGAGAUGAGCACGGCGGUUGGGUACCGUGUUCUCCACUUUGAGCGCCUAUACUGUACAAAUCCACUCGGCACACGUGCCACAUUAGAUUGUGCGCACAGCGCGGCCGCAGGGCCGAACCGCGAGAUGGCAGGACUCGCAACUUUCGAGCCUUCGGCUCAGACGCCUCUUACAUGGUCUCUAGCAUUGUUUUCGAGCUUUGUGGCUGGUUUAUAUGUCACAUUCGCAAUCUACCGCUCUUUCGGCAAGGGCGCUAAGAAGCUCCCCCCUGGCCCGCUGCUGCACGUCCCCCUGUUGGGCGAUGGCGUUCUUAUGGCCGCUGGCAAUCCUGUCAAGAUGUUCUGGGACAGGUGAGUGAAGAGCGACCGCGUGCGGCAGCGAUGCGCCGAUUUCACUGCCGAUUACAUGCUGUCGCUUUCAGCAAAAGGCGGC